AUGUGCCCACUGCGCUACAUUCUGCUGCUCCUGUCGUUGCUAGUAGCAAUGAUUGGGUUUUCUCAGGCCAUGACGGACCAAGAGGUCUGUGCGGUCACAGACGACGACGCAGACGAGAAACGCGGCGGCGGGAAAUGCAAAAAGCAGACGCAGCGGUCGACAUUCCGCACGCUCCUGGACAUGCUGAACGGAAAGUACCUCUACGACGCCUACAAGCUCAGCCGCGGCACGGCUUUGAAGGCGGACUAA